CGCCUCGGCCGGAGCCCCCCGAGGAGGAGCCCCGCGGGCGGCGGCAGCGCCAGCGCCAGGAAGCCUGGAGAGCAGAAACAUCCAAAGGAGCCCUCAUCCUUGCAGUGCAUGCAUCUGGCAGUGGUGGCAUGUGGGGACCGGCUGGAGGAAACGCUGAUCAUGCUGAAAUCCGCAGUUCUCUUCAGCAACAGGAGGCUCUGCUUCCACAUCUUUGCUGAGGAUUCCCUUAAGCCUGAAUUUGAGAAGAAGUUAAAGGAGUGGCCUUCCUCAUAUACAAAGAAGUUUGAGUCCAACUUUUACCCAAUAACCUUCUCAGUAGGAAAUGCUCAGGAAUGGAAAAAGUUAUUCAAACCAUGUGCUGCCCAGCGCCUGUUUCUUCCGGUGAUUUUAAAGGACGUGGAUUCCCUGCUUUACGUGGACACUGAUGUGCUGUUCCUGAGGCCCAUCGAUGACAUCUGGCACCUCCUGAGAGAAUUCAACUCCACCCAGCUGGCUGCCAUGGCCCCUGAGCAUGAGAUCCCCAAGAUUGGCUGGUACAGCCGCUUCGCCCGUCACCCCUAUUAUGGCACCACCGGCAUCAACUCCGGGGUGAUGCUGAUGAAUUUGACACGGAUCCGCAGCACUCAGUUCAAGAACAGCUUGAUACCAGGUGGCUUGACUUGGGAGGAAAUGUUAUAUCCAUUGUACCAAAAGUACAAAAAUUACAUCACGUGGGGAGACCAGGAUUUGCUAAAUAUCAUUUUUUCCUUUAACCCAGAAUGUCUGUACGUGUUCCCCUGCCAGUGGAACUACCGGCCCGACCACUGCAUGUACGGCAGCAACUGCAGGGGGGCGGAGGAGGAGGGGGUCUCCAUCCUGCACGGCAACAGAGGCGUGUACCACGAUGACAAGCAGCCCACCUUCAAGGCCCUCUACGAGGUGAUCCGGGAUUUUCCAUUUGAAGACAAUCUCUUCCAGUCCUUGUACUACCCUCUGCAGUCGAAGUUUCUGGAUACAGUGCACACUUUAUGUGGGAGAAUUCCACAAGUAUUUUUGAAGCAAAUUGAGAAAACUAUGAAGAAGGUGUAUGAAAAUCGUGUAAUUGUGUACUUGGGGGCCAAUCACAGAUACUAACUGUAGCUCUCUUCUUACACAGAAGUUUUAAGUCCUAUACUCUAUUUCAUGAAGGAUAUAAAUGAAGAAUAUGAGCUCUUUUACUGAAACUCAGAAUUAAAAUAUUUUUUUUUCCAAUUUUCUAAUAACCCUUGAAAUUAAAAAAUGCAGGAAAUCCUAGAAGCCUACUGAGAUUGUUGCUGAGAACAGCAGGGGAAUCCUUUAUUUGUGGAGUACAGUUGUGGCCUGCCUCCCCAGUCCUUUACAGUUAAGAAUGUAUUCUCUGGCUUGGCAAUGUGAAUUGCAUUAGGCACAGUCCAGGACUGUUGUCAAUGAAGAGUACAAACCCAGGUACUAUUGAUCCAUUUUCCUCUUCAAGUGCUAUUCCCUGCACAGUAACGGUGGUAUUUUACUGCCAGACAGUUUUCCAUCCCUGCCUUGGGAGAUGGCCAGUGCUGCCCCUUGACUCCCCUCUUCUGCAUGGAAAUGUGUUUCUGCCUUGUGCUUCCAUUUCUGGGAUCACAGAAACAGAGAAUUCUGGAAUGGUUUGGGCUGUAAGGGACCAUUAUGGGUAUCUUGUUCCACCCUCUGCCUUGGGCAGGGACACCUUCCACUAGACCAGGUUACUCCAGCCCCAUCCAACCUGACCUUGAACACUUCCAGGGAUGGGGAAGUCGGGGUCUUUAUGCUGGGAUCAUAAUGAAUAGCCUUAAACUGGAAGAGGAUACAAGAUGGUUUUGAUGUUUAUUUAAAAUACUUAAUUUAGCUUCAACUUCCAAAGUAUGAUCAUCAUCUUGUGAUAUGCACAAAGAGCUUGUUUAAAUUGCAGUAGCUGAAAGGUGCUUGGGACCAGUCCCUGGGGAACUGGAAGUGAGGACACUCCUACAGAGCAGAUCCAAGAGCAAACUCACUCCUGAAGAGCAACAAUCCAAGAGCAGACUCCCAGAGGGCAUUUUCUAGGUGUAAGCCCCAAAGGUGUGUGUAGGAGUGCUUCAAGGAAGCAGGAGAGAAAAUGAUGUUACUCUUCAAGUCUGUUCAGCAGAAAACUGAAACAUGAAAACAUCAGCCAUGACUUGGAACUGCUCAUUUUUUUUUUUUAACAGGCAAAGUAGGAGUGGGGUGAGCAGGGUGAGAUAAUGAAGCCUUCCCCUAAUGAAAGGAAAACUGGCACAGAUGGGAUAUCCUGUGCAUGUAUCAUGCAUUUGUUAGAGAGAAAUGCCUGGGGACUGUUUAUGAGAGAAAGGAUACAUUCACAAAGUUAAAAUAAGAUUUCUGAGGAAUUGCAGUUUUGGGCAUUCUCCCCUAUCCAGUCAGGACUAAUGCAGGGUUUCAUAAGAAAACAGACUCCAGGAGUCUCCCUUUUAGCUCGCACAUUUCUCUCUCCUCGUCUGGCAGUUCCAGAGAGGAGGGAAAACACGACCUUGGUGCCAUCCCAGGCUGACAGAUAAGAGCCUGCACAUAGGAUGGAGUUCCAGCAGUCUUUUCCCAAACCCUGGCGUGUGAGUGUGACACCGCCUGGCAGAGAGCAGGGCUGCGGGCAGCUGAGUGGGGGAGUGGUGGGACAGGGGCGUUGGAGUGAGGGACAGCAGAGCUGCUGCACCUCACAGCAUGACAGGAACAGAAACCUUGUUUGCACCUCUGCUGCAAAUCGUAAUCACACUUUGAUUAAACAAUGUGUUCUGACUCCAGCCCUUAUCUCACAGUGUUUGCCACCUGAGUGUAAAUUGACAUGUGAAGGACACAGAGGCAGCUGGACUGUUGUGAUUGAAAGCCUGGGACACAGAAAGUCAUUUAAACUUGAGCAGAGGUGCCUUUCCAACUUGUCGUAGGAUUUUCUAUUUCAGCUGAAAUUUCAGUUGCCAAUUUAAACGAGUACACUUUUGCCUACUGAGAGGAGUUUGAAAUGUAACCCAAAAGGGCAUUGAAGAUUUCAGAACCAGAAGGCAGAGAAAAGAAGGUAAACGCUGCUGAUUUAAAAAAUUUAAAAAAAUGUAUGACAGGUAAACCUUCAGGCCAGCAAUUCUGAGAGCUUGUAUAAAGUAUUAACUUGCUUUUGGUCUUUAUUUUCAAGUAUCAGGGUAAAGCUGAUGCAGGUCUAACGAGGCUGGUGGAGCUGCAUGCUGGGCAGAAUUCCUGAUUUCCAUGGUGUCUCCAAGCCACAGAAAGCUGCAGAGCAAAGUCUUGCUGCCCAGACAGUUGCAGCCCCAGUGCUGAGGCUCUGGAGUUUUGGAGGCUGUGGUUGUGUAAGCUGUGAUUCAGCGGAACCCUGCAACUGCGGGCACAUUCAAAUCCAGGAGAGGAAUUCAUUACAAAACAAAGGCAUUAUUGCAUAUGAACUGAUUAGAGAUUAAAGCAGUGCUUUUUAUGUUCACAGGAGGUGCUACAUUUUGUUUAGGAAGAACUGAGUUAUGUUUUCAACAGCUAUUAAAUAUAUGAAGUACUUGCUUUAACAUGAAGACUCUUGUUAAUGUAAUGUCAGCGGGCAGGAAGAAUGGGGGAGGUUCCCCCCUGCUGGGCUUUUUCUGAGGAAAAAAGCAAUAAUUUGAGCUCUCCAAAGUGUUUUAAAACAAUUAUGUAAGUUUGUUUUUUGUUGUUGUUAGAAUUAUUAAUUUAUAUUUCACUACAGCUUCCAAAACUAUGUUAUAUUUUAGCUUUAACAGUAGCUGAUUGUAAUAUUCAUCUUACUUAGAAACCAGUUUUAAUUCAUUUUGUAUUUCGUACUUGUGGCUAAUUCCAUGUUAAUUAGCCUUCAUUUAUCUUAAUAAUAGGAUGUGUAAAUACUUACAAAGACUUUAUGUCCUCAUUUCCCCUUCCUCCCCUGUGUUUUAGUUAUUUCCAAUGGUAUAAUGGAUAGAGCUCACCAGCAUUUUGCUUACAGGGGAAACUGGAAACUGCUCAGUGUGUGUGUGUGUGUGUGUGUGUACACAGCACGAGCAUGUAUGUGAAAAAUGUCCCUUUUCUCUGCCACUGAAUUGCUUGUGGAUUUUUCUUUGACAAGUGCACUGAUUGUUACAGCUCCCAAGGAGGCUGAGCAGUGCAUUUCUGGGUUGGGGAUGGUCCUUUGGCUUACAAUACAAAUAAAUGAAAUUUUAAGCAAGCUCUGUAAUUUGUUAGGUUUCUUUUAAAUGCAAGCUUUUGUGUUGGUCUGGUUGGGAUAGAGUUUUGUAGGUGUGCUGUU